AUGCAUCAACCCCUCCCCUUUCACAUUCACAGAGACGGCUACACCCUCCGCGCGACAGACGUGGGCAACAUCAACAACGAAUUCGCGGUCUCCCCGCCCUUCUCCAUCGGCCCCGAAAUAUCCCCCACUUCCUCUUUCGCCUCUUCCACCUCGUCUGCCUCUUCCACCUCGUCUGCUUCUUCCACCUCGUCUGCUUCUUCCGCCCCUCCCUCUGGAUCCAUGCCUGCUACGGCUUCAGGGAGCGGAACGAUCCUCUCCAUCCCCCCGACGUCCGUGUUCGGCAUCACAGUCUCUUCGCCGACAGCCACGGCGCCUGCUGGCUCUUUGGGAGGGUCGGCUACAAGUGGGGGCGGGGCGGGGAGUGGGACGAAUACAGCUAGCUACCCAGGGCGGCGCUACGGACUUCAACGGAGCCUCAGCUGCUGA